AAACAAUAAGAACAAAAUGAAAUAAAAUCAUGACUAUUGACACAGUAUCAAAAAGCGAUCCAUAGUGAGAUAAAUAGAAUCAAUAUAAAUAAAAAGUAACAAGAAUCAAUAUCAAAUAAGCAAUUAAAAACAAAUAUGGAUAAAAAAUACAUAGAUAUAGAACCAGAACGCCGUGGCAGUAGAAACCGCGCUUUAGAAAGAUCACUUAGCUAUUCGGCUGCCAUAGGUAAUGGCUCCGGCAGAUCAUCUAUAGAAAUACCAUCUAUGGCUAACACAGAGGUAUAUACAAACGAAGAAUUGAAGAAACAUUACAGAAUAUCCCAAACUUACGUUGAAGGGCGCGAAAUAUCCUUUCCAUCAGUCAAUAUUGAUAAACAAUUCGAUCCAAAUAUUGAUUGUUUGACAACGGAAUCUAGCGAUGAUGAACAAACUGAUCAAGGUUUGAUUUUGACUAUAGAUGUGGAACAAGACAGUCCUAAAUCUGAGUCGACUAGGCAUGUUUCUGAUGCGUCCACGCAACCUAUGGUUAGUUCAAGUGUUCCUGUUGAACUGUAUGAUAGAAUUGAUAUUGUGGACAGCUUGUACGAUGAACCUGAGACUUUGAGAAGUGUAGUUGGAUACUCCACACCGUAUUCUAGAAGAAGGAAAAAGGGGUCGAAACACAGACGAGCACACGUUCAACACGGCCGUCGGAUCCGAUCCCGCCGCGUGGUCCUGAAGAACGGCGAGGAGAACGUGCCUGUCAGGAGUAAUAUACCGUCCAAAUCCAUCAAAUAUAUGAGGGACAUUGUCAACACUGUUAUCAACAGCAAAUGGCGCUUCCUUAUCCUCGGCAUGAUAGUCAGCCAUUUUGUUUUCUGGCUGAUAUUCGCCGGCAUCUGGUACGCUGUCUCCGCGUCCUACCAGGACGACAUAGGAGACGGAAAGGAGCAUUGUAUCACUGGUACAUCAUCGUUUGCAGGGCUUCUAAUGAUGUCCGUUGAAACUCAGAUGACUAUUGGCUAUGGUGUGCGGUAUCCCAAUGAAGAAUGUCCCGAAGCUAUUUUCAUCAUGGUUUUGGAGAUCGUGGCCGGCACAGCCCUGUCGGGUGGUUUAUCGAGUUUGCUGUUCACAAAACUCGUGCGACCAAACAGACACGUCUCUUCUGUCGGUUUCAGCAAGAGAGCUGCUGUGUGCCUGAGAGACGGUGAUCUCUGCCUCCAGUUCAGGGUUUGGGAUUUGCUGAAUCAUCACCUUAUUGGAAGCACCAUUACUGCAUACAUUUUGAAGCCAAUUAGAACUCUAGAAGGGGAAUUGGUACACAACUACAUCCAGUCUCUGAAGCUCAAACAAGCCAACGCCUUUCUAUUGUGGCCCAUCACAGUAGUCCAUGUGAUAGACUCAGAGAGUCCUUUAUACGAGUUCUCAGCACAGGACAUGAUGGACUAUAGGUUUGAGAUCGUGGUGUGCCUGACUGGUUCCUCCAAGAACAUGGGUACGGUGACUCAAAGCAGGACCUCAUACUUGUCCAAGGAAAUCAUGUGGGGAUACCGGUUCAAGAAUGUUUUGCACUACUCCAAAAAGGCGGAAGCUUACGAAAUCGAUUCUGACAACCUUAACUCCGUAGAGCAAGUCGAAACUCCACUCUGCAGCGCCAGCCGACUGAAGACUUUCGAGGAGGACAUCAAGUCUUCCAGGAACAUCCUGUCUACCCCCACAAACGUUUCCAUUUCCCCCACCAACAUCUCCCUAAGCCAGGACAGUCAGGACACGUCCACGCAACAAGGGGAUUCGCUCCCUUCGUCACCCAGUUUGAACAGGAUAGCUGGGACCCAAAGAAGCUUCGGGUGGAGCUUUAGGAGAUUCCAGCCCGAAAGAUAUUUCGGGAAUCAAAAGGAUUCAUAACUUUAGUUAUAAGAGAACCGCUUCCGAACGUUAUCCUCCUUUUUUAAGUCGGUAAAAUUUAUUAAACCUUCUCAUAAGUGUAAAGAACACUUUUUUGAAAGACAUCAAAAUCGGUUCAGCGAAAUGCGAGAUUAUCGAGGACAAACAUACAGGUCACACUGAGAACCACUUUUUUUAAGGCGGUGAAUAUCCGGUAAUAAGACGUUUAUAAGUUGCCUUAACAAUAUUCGAUAGAGCAGAAUCGUUCCAAAUGAAAAACUAAAUAAAAUAACGACCUUAUACCUACCAGAAGUAAUUAAACUUGAAUUCCAAAAACAAGAUGUCUCCUGCUAUAUCAUAUUAUUACAAUCAACAAACACAUCAGUGCAUACAGUUUCUGAUUAAUAAAACAAAAUAAUGACAUAUUUUUAUCCAUUUAAUCUAAAGUAGACAAGAAAAGCUUUAAUUUUGUUUAAUAAUAAAAAGUCUAUAUUUAAUGAUUAUACUUAAUGUAAUUUUUUAAUUAUUCAUUUCGCGCAAGUGAUUUUUUGUAUAUUUAAUGGGUAAAUUAUUGAUGUCUAUAUAAUAUAUAAUUUCUUAUAUAAUUUAAAUCGUUGUGAGAUCUAUAGCGAUGAGUUUACGAAACAUAAUAACGUAAAAAAUUUUACGACUAUAAAUACUUAACUUAAGAAACAAAAAUAA